CCCAUUUUCAAUGUUUUCAAAUUUUUCCUUCCUCCCUCUGUAUUUAAAUCCCUGAAUCUUCUUCAUUUUCCCCAACCCUCAACAGCAUUCAAAUUCUCUUCUUUCUUCUCGAAACCCCUUCAAUUCCCAAACACAACAAUGCCUGCGAUUCCAGAAGAACCGCUUCUAGCUCCAAACCCAGAUCGCUUCUGCAUGUUCCCAAUCCAUUACCCCGAAAUCUGGGAAAUGUACAAAAAACACGAAGCAUCCUUCUGGACCGCCGAAGAGGUUGAUCUCUCACAGGAUCUCGGCCACUGGAACUCCCUCACCGACGGAGAGCGUCACUUCGUGACCCACAUUCUCGCCUUCUUCGCCGCCUCCGACGGCAUCGUCCUCGAAAAUCUCGCCGGAAGGUUCAUGAAGGAAAUUCAAGUCGCCGAGGCACGUGCCUUCUAUGGCUUCCAGAUCGCCAUCGAGAAUAUCCACUCCGAGAUGUACAGUCUCCUUCUCGAAACCUACAUCAAAGACCCCACCGAGAAGAAUCGUUUGUUCCACGCCAUCGAAACCAUUCCCUGUGUCGCGAAGAAGGCUGAGUGGGCCCUACGCUGGAUCGACGGUUCCGAAACCUUCGCGGAACGCCUCGUGGCCUUCGCAUGCGUCGAAGGGAUUUUCUUCUCUGGAAGCUUCUGCUCGAUAUUUUGGCUUAAAAAGCGCGGGUUGAUGCCGGGACUCACCUUCUCGAACGAACUCAUCUCGCGAGAUGAAGGUCUCCAUUGCGAUUUCGCUUGUUUGUUGUAUUCUCUUAUGAGGAAGAAGCUGAGCGAGGAGCGCGUGAAGGGGAUCGUGCGUGAUGCGGUGGAGAUAGAGAGGGAGUUUGUCUGCGACGCGCUUCCUUGCGCUUUGGUGGGGAUGAAUGGGGAUUUGAUGAGUCAGUACAUUGAGUUUGUUGCGGAUCGGUUGCUGGUUGCGCUUGGGUGUGGGAAGGUGUACAAUGUUCAGAACCCCUUUGAUUGGAUGGAGCUGAUUUCACUUCAGGGAAAGACUAACUUCUUCGAAAAGCGCGUCGGCGAGUACCAGAUGGCUUCCGUUAUGUCUAGCUUGAACGGAAACGGUGGUGCACACGUCUUCAAGAUGGAUGAGGAUUUCUAAUUUAUUUAUUUUCCUUGUUUCUUGUGUAAUAAUCAGAAUAUUCCCUGUCACUGUUAGUUUAGGUUAAUGUAUUUUUUACUUUUUAAGCAAUAGUUGUUUUUAUUUGUGGUUAUGUUCUAUGGUUUGUUUUU